AUGGCAUUUCCACUGAACGAUCAGAUUUAUACAAAAUCUUUAAAAGAAUUGUUAUUACAGGUGGAAUUAUUUUAUGCUUCUAAAAACAAAAACAUUAUUGUUUGUCUAGGAAAAAAUUAUGAACAAACUUUUAUUGUUAUAAAAUUGAUUCAAGAAUUUGCUACAAAUAACAGACGAUUGUUAAGUAAAGGAGGAAAACGAUCGUUGUACAUAUUAACAGAUAACGAAAAAUGUGCAAUAAAAGCAAGUUAUAUACAACAGUUAACAGAUUUAAAAGUAUUGUUAUGGGAUACAUGUAUGCAAAUGGAAUUUAUAGAAAAAUUUGAAAUUUCUCAUGUACUUGUUACAACUUCUAAAACAUGUGCACAAUUAUUAAUAGACAAAAAAAUUUUACCACAUCAGAUAAAUCUAGUCAUAGUUGAUGAGUGCCAUAAAUCUAUAGAAGAUAACAAAUUAAAAUUCAUUUUACAAACAUUUUUAUCUUGUGUUAAUGUUCCUAGAAUUAUUGGAUUAGCUGUACCAUUGUUUAAUUUGACACAAGAACCUGGAAGAUUAGGAUUAGAAAUAGAAAAAGUAGAAGCUACAUUUAAGUGUGAAGUUGAAACAGCUAGUGAUAUACUAUCUAUAUUACGUUAUAGCCCUAAACCUAAAGAAUAUGUAGUGGAAUGUUCUAAAAAUAAAAAAGGGGAAUUAUAUGAUACUAUUGAAAAUUAUAUAUUACAUGCUAUUGAAUUUUUACGUGAUCAUCGUCAUGACCCAACUGAGAUUUAUAAUGAAGAGUUCUAUGAAGAUAUUCAGAAAAUACCUGAUCCUACAGAGAAACCAUUUCAGAUGAUGCAAGAUUUUUUGCAUAUAUUAGAAACUCUUGGACCAUGGUGUGCAGAUCGUGCUGCUCUUGCUCUUUUAAUUUUAACAGAAAAAUUGAAAAUGAAAACACCUUAUGAAAGACAUUAUUUGUUAUUAAAUAUGGUUGCAUCUGUUUUUAUGAAAAUACGAGCUCUGUGUGAUAAUGCAUUUGAAGUUUUAUCUGAGAAAGAACGAAUAUAUAAAUAUACUACACCAAAAGUUCACAGACUACUACAAAUUUUAAAAACAUAUACACCAUAUUACACUAAAGAUAUCAAUAAUUCUAAUAAUAAAGUAAAUAAUGAAAAUAUUUCUCUAAAGUUAUCUGUACAUACUAAAGAAAAUUCUAUUAAAGAUAAACCUAUGCAAACUAAAAAAUUAGAAUGUAAUUGGAAAGGUAAUGAAGAAAAUUGUAAAAAACCAUUCAAACCUCAACGACACAUGCGUGGAGUUACAGAUCCUGAUUUACUUUGUGGAGUAAUCUUUGUGGAUAAGGCAUUUGUGGCAAAAGUGUUGUUUUAUUUAUUAAACGAAAUAUCUACACAUGAUGAAGAUUUACAUUUUUUGUCACCUUUAUAUGCAAUUGAAAGAAAUAGUGACGAUAUAAGUUACUCGAAAGAUUUAGAAAUAAAACAUAGAAAACAAGAAGAAGUUUUGAAAAGAUUUAGAAUACAUGAAUGCAACUUAUUAAUUUCAACUUCAAUUUUAGAAGAAGGUAUUGAUAUUCCAAAAUGCAACUUUGUAAUGAGAUAUGAUUUUCCAAAGACUUACCAGUCCUAUGUACAAUGCAAAAGUCGAGCAAGAGCUGUGGAUGCUUUACAUAUACUAUUACUAUCACAAGAAGUAUCAAAGGAGUAUAUAUGGCAGUUGGCUCAAUAUCAUUAUAUAGAAAAGACUUUGUUAAUAAAAUGUUCUAAUAACGAACCCUCUGAAGAAGAAGAAAAUGAAGCAGAUAUGUAUGCUACUAUAAUACCACAUUAUAAACCUCUUGCUGGAGAUGAUGCACCCAAAGUUACGUUUAAUUCUGCUAUAUCAUUAGUGAACAGAUACUGUGCAAAAUUACCUAGUGAUACUUUUACAAGACUAACUCCAGAAUGGCACAUUGAAAGAAUAAAUUAUGAUAAUACACCUAUGUAUGUAUGUUCUUUACGACUUCCUAUAAAUUCUCCAGUAAAAUAUGUUGUAUCGUCAUAUCCCAUGCCUAAUAGAGCUAUGGCAAGACGAAUGGCUGCUUUGCAAUUAUGUAUUGAUUUACACAGAAAAAAUGAAAUAGAUGAUAAUUUAUUACCUAUUGGAAAAGAAAAUUUUAUAGCUAAACCAGAAGAUGCGGAAGUACCUGCUCUUCCAGAUGAAAGUAAAGUAGAUUUUUCUGAAGCUCGACCUGGAACAACUAAACGAAGACAAUAUUAUUACAAAAAGACAGCUGAAGCAUUAACAGAUUGUAGACCAAUAGUCGGAAUCCCUUCAUAUUUAUAUCAUAUUAACAUGGUUCUGAGUUGCCCUUUACCUGAAGAACAAAAUACUAGAGGUCGACGUAUUUACCCUCCAGAAGAAUCAGCUAUUGGUUUUGGCAUAAUAACAUUGAAAGAAAUUCCUAAGUUAUGCCCAUUUCCUAUUUAUACUAGAUCUGGUGAAGUUCAUGUAAAGUUGAAGCUUAGUAAACAGACAAUAAUUUUAAAUGAAGAACAAAUAAAAAAAGUUGCUACUUUUCUCAACUAUACUUUUACAAAUGUAUUAAGAUUACAACAGUAUUUAAUGCUUUUUGAUCCGAAUGCUUCUGAAAACUCAUAUAUGAUUGUACCUGUAAAAUUAGAUGAACAAUCUGAUGUCACUGUAGAUUGGGACUUUUUAGAAUGUAUAUACAAAAAUCGAAAUGCAGUGCCAACUAAAAUUCCUGAAGAUGUCAGAAAGAAUUUCAAGUUUGAUGCAUCAAAAUACCAUGAUGCAGUAAUUAUGCCUUGGUAUAGAAGUCAGGAUCAACCUCAGUAUUUUUACGUCGCUGAAAUAUGUACGAAUUUAAAUCCCAAAUCUUCUUUCCCUGGUGACGAUUAUAGUACUUUUGAAGAAUAUUAUCUUAAGAAAUAUAAUAUACAGAUACAAAAUUUAGAUCAGCCUUUAUUGGAUGUGGAUCAUACAUCAGCUAGAUUAAAUUUUUUAACACCUAGAUACGUUAACCGAAAAGGUGUUGCUUUACCUACAAGUAGUGAAGAAACAAAACGUGCAAAGCGCGAAAAUCUAGAACAAAAGCAAAUUCUUGUUGCUGAAUUAUGUGCAAUUCAUCCUUUUCCGGCAUCACUAUGGAGACAAGCAGUUUGUCUACCUUGUAUUUUAUAUAGAAUCAAUGCUUUAUUACUAGCUAAUCAGAUACGAUGUCAAGUUGCACAAAUGAUAAAUUUAGGAAAAGAGAAUUUAUAUUCCGAUUUCGAAUGGCCAGCAUUAGAUUUUGGGUGGAGUUUAGCAGAAGUUUUAAAAAAAUCUAAAGAAUCUGAAAAAGCAAAGUUAAUAAAAAAUGAAACUACGCCAUUAAAUUCUUCAAAUAAUGUAGUUAGUAAGUACCAAAAUAUAUCUGAAAAUGUAAUAGAUAAUUUGCAUAAAUCAGAUAAGGAUGAUUCAAAUGAAAAGAAAAAUGAAUGUCAGUUAGAAAAUGAUGAAGUAAGGGAAACAGAACAACAAAUGUCAAACAAUGAAAAUGAACUAGAAAUUGGUACUUGGUCAAGUGAUAUGGCAAUGAAUUCUAUGGAUUUUGGUACAAGUGAUUUAAAAUCAUUUCCUAUAAACGUAACUGUUCUACCAAAUGAUUUCAAUUGGAGUGAUGUUCAAUAUGGAUUUCCUGCAUGUGAGUCAGAUUUUGAUGGAUAUGAAUCAGAUGAUCUUUAUAGCGAUGGAUUUGUCGACACUUCCGAUGAAAGUGAAGAUGAAAACAGAGGAUUGCGAAUUUCUUACAUGGGAGAAAAUGUUGCAGAAGCUGUAGAAGAUGAAAAACAAAUAACUAAACAAGAAAUUAACAAAAAAAUUUUAGAUUUGUUAGAAACUGAAAAAAAUUUGGAUGAUAUUUUAUGGUCAUAUACAAAAGAGAAUGAGAAAUCUUUAAUUGAAAAGCAUGAAAAGCAUAGACAAGCUCAUUAUGAAUUUACUAAAAUAAAGGAGCAUGAAAUAAUAGAAAGUGGAUCUUUUAUACCGUGUGAUAAAGAAAUUGUAAUUAAAAGAAAAAAUUCCUUUAGUGUGGAAACUGAAAAAUGUUUAUCAGCUUAUAAACACAAAGCUUAUAUAGAAACCAUUGUUAAUAAAUUCACUAAUGAAAUAUUAAAUAAUAACGACAGCUUACACCCAACAAAAAACAAAUCUAAUAAAUCGGAAUUUACAUACCAUUCGGAUAGUAAUCUUUUCAGUUUUGAUUAUCAACCGGAAUUAGAAAAUCAUCCAGGGCCAAGUCCCAGUUUAAUUUUACAAGCUUUAACUAUGUCCAAUGCAAACGAUGGUAUUAAUUUAGAACGUUUGGAAACUAUUGGAGAUUCAUUUUUAAAAUAUGCUAUAACAACUUAUUUAUAUUGUACAUAUGACAAUAUACAUGAAGGAAAGCUCAGUCAUUUAAGGUCCAAACAGGUGAGCAAUUUAAAUUUAUACAGAUUAGGAAGACAAAAGAUGUUAGGUGAGAGUAUGAUAGCAACAAAGUUUGAACCACAUGACAAUUGGUUACCACCUUGCUAUUACGUUCCAAAAGAGCUUGAACAAGCAUUAAUCGAAUCUGGCGUACCUUCUACUUUAUGGAAUCAAGCCGACAUUCCAACUCUACAAGCUGUAAAUCCCACUGAAAUAACCCAACUUGUUCGAGAAACAGAACAAAAACUGGGUAUUAUGAAAAAUGAACUUGAUCGCAAUGAAGCUACAUUUUCGAACAAUUUAGAUAAUCUGCGCUGUUUUAUACCAUACAAUUUAAUUACUCAACAUAGCAUUCCUGAUAAAAGUAUCGCAGACUGUGUAGAGGCAUUAAUUGGAGCUUACUUAAUUGCUUGUGGGCCUAGAGGUGCAUUACUUUUCAUGGCCUGGCUAGGAAUUCAUGUUUUACCUACAGAAGAAAUUCAUGUUGUACAAGAAAUUGAACCAAAAGAAAGAAUUUCCGGCAGUACCCCAUAUAUAAAAGGAAUGAAUGAAAGAAGUCAAAUAACAUGGUCACAAGUAAUUAUAAUUGAUUUAAUGUUUCAAAACAAAUUCGUCAUUACAGAUUCGUUAUGGGAAAUAUAUAAGUUUCAUGACAUUAGUUAUCUGCUACAAGCAUUUACUCAUGCAUCAUAUCAACCUAAUAGAUUAACAGAUUGUUAUCAACGUUUAGAGUUUCUUGGAGACGCAGUUUUAGAUUAUUUAAUAACAAGACAUUUAUACGAAGACGCUCGACAACACUCUCCGGGUGCUUUAACAGAUUUACGAUCUGCUUUAGUUAAUAAUACUAUAUUUGCUUCUUUAGCUGUGAGAUGUGGAUUUCAUAAAUAUUUUCGACAUCUUUCUCCUGGUUUAAGUGUUGUUAUAAAUCGUUUUGUUAGAAUUCAAGAAGAAAAUGGUCAUUCCAUUAGUGAAGAGUACUACUUAAUCGGAGUAGAAGAAUGCGAAGAAGCUGAGGAUGUAGAGGUACCAAAAGCAUUAGGUGAUGUUUUUGAAUCAUUAGCUGGUGCAAUUUAUUUAGAUAGUGGAAUGUCCUUAGAUGCAGUAUGGGGUGUUUAUUAUGCCAUUAUGAAAAAUGAAAUCGAACAAUUCAGCACUAAUGUUCCUAAAUCUCCAAUUCGUGAAUUAUUGGAAUUAGAGCCUGAAACAGCAAAAUUUGGAAACCCAGAAAAAUUGGCUGAUGGACGUAGAGUUAGAGUUACAGUGGAUGUUUUUGGUAAAGGUUCUUUUAAAGGAAUUGGAAGAAAUUACAGAAUUGCAAAAUGCACUGCAGCAAAAUGUGCUCUAAAAAAACUAAAGAGAAUGCAAAGUUAUUCUAGGGAUAAGCUAUGA